GCCUGCGUAGGCUACCGGGUGCCGAGCAAGAAGAAGGCUGCGUGGGUAAGCGUGGCAAAGGAGCUAGGUGCUACUGUUUAUCUUGGGUAUAUUUUACAGAUGAGCAAUGUUCGAAGAGGUGGCUGACUCUAAGGGAGAGAUUCAGUAGGGACGUAAGGAAAAUGGAGUCACCAUCAGGAAGUGGGGCGAGUAACACCGAAACCUGGCCAUUGUUCGAUAAUAUGAGCUUUUUAAAACUAUAUAUACAGCCCAGACAAAAUCGCUGCACCACAAACAUUUUAGAAGAUAUGUAUUCGCAGGAGCUGUUGGAGCCAUUUAGUUUUGAAAGUUCUCCGACUAUUUUAUCGUCACCUUCGGAGUUGUCGUCUUCAACUCCGAUCCGGAAAAGAGUCAAGAAAACAAACAGCGAUGACGACAGCUGUUUCAAAGAAGCGUGCGAGCUAUACAAAAGCAUGUGUGCAGAGAGGAGCAAUUGCAGCGAGGCGGUGAGGUCGUUUGGUGUUAUGUUGACCUCUAUCAUGAACGGUAUGAGCGAGGUAAAGCAAAUGAAAGCAAUACAAGUUUUAACAAAUUCGUUAUUUGCUAUUAAAUCGGAACCCGAAUAAUUUUUUUUUUAUUUUAAAAUCAUUUGUUUGUUGUUUUAUA